GAACGCGUCGUUACGCGCAACGUGGAGCAGAGGCUAGAGAUUGUGGUCCCUACGGUCCAGGAGGAGAUCGUGGUCGUGCCCAAGCUCUUCUAUGCCGAACGUCAGCGUCAUGUUGGAGUGGAGAAGUUGGUGGACGUUCCGGUGAUGCAGGUCAAAGAGGAGGUUGUGCAUGUGCCAAAGCAGAUCGUGAAAGAGAGGACGGUCCACAAGCCGAAGCCGAUCCCUCAGGAGGUGCCCGUGAAUGUGGUGGAGGAGGAAACCGUGAUGGUUCCGAAGGUCAUCACGAAAACACGCCGGAAGGAAGUCAUGGUGGAGCAGGAAGUGGAUGUGCCAGUGCCUCGCAUCAGCGAAGAGGUGGUGCCCUUCCCAGUGAUGCUGCAGCAGGAGCGGAUCAUCCACCGGCCCAUCCAGCGCCUCAUCGACGUACCGGUGCCGCAGAUCAUCGAAGAGGAAGUCCAGGUGCCCCUCGUUGUGGAGCAGGAAGAGGUGGUGCCCGUGCUCGUGGAGCAGGUCAUCCCG